UCCUCUGCCCGGCCAGGACCCUGAGAGGCGCUCACCAUGAGCGGCGGCGAAGUGGUCUGCUCGGGAUGGCUCCGCAAGUCCCCCCCGGAGAAGAAGUUGAAGCGUUAUGCAUGGAAGAGGAGAUGGUUUGUGUUACGCAGUGGCCGUUUAACCGGAGAUCCAGAUGUCUUGGAAUAUUACAAAAAUGAUCAUGCCAAGAAGCCUAUUCGUAUUAUAGAUUUAAAUUUAUGUCAACAAGUUGAUGCUGGAUUGACAUUUAACAAAAAAGAGUUUGAAAACAGCUACAUUUUUGACAUCAACACUAUUGACCGGAUUUUCUACUUGGUAGCAGACAGUGAGGAGGAGAUGAAUAAGUGGGUUCGUUGUAUUUGCGACAUCUGUGGGUUUAAUCCUACAGAAGAAGAUCCUGUGAAGCCACCCGGCGGCUCCUUACAAGCACCAGCUGAUUUACCUUUAGCUGUAAAUGCAGCACCACCAUCCACCCAGGUGGAUGCGUCCUCCGCUGCUCUCCCUCCUCCAUAUCAGCUCAUCAGUGUCCCCCCACACCUGGACGCUCUCGGACUCCAGGAGGAUCCUCAAGACUACCUCUUGCUAAUCAACUGUCAAAGCAAGAAGCCUGAACCCACCAGAACACAUGCUGACUCUGCAAAAUCCACAUCUUCUGAAACAGACUGCAAUGACAACGUUCCUGCUCAUAAAAAUCCUGCUCCCUCCCAGAGCAAACAUGGAGUGAAUGGCUUUUUUCAGCAGCAAAUGAUGUAUGACUCUCCACCUUCACGUGCUGUGUCUGUUUCUGUAGACUCCAGCCUGUAUUACCUGCCCAGGAGCUAUUCCCACGAUGUUCUACCAAAGGUGUCUCCAUCAAGUACCGAAGCAGAUGGAGAACUCUAUGUUUUUAAUACCCCAUCUGGGACAUCGAGUGUAGAGACUCAAAUGAGGCAUGUAUCUAUUAGUUAUGACAUUCCUCCAACACCUGGUAAUACUUACCAGAUUCCACGAACAUUUCCAGAGGGGCCCUUGGGACAGACGUCAAAGCUGGACACUAUUCCAGAUAUUCCUCCACCUCGGCCACCGAAACCACAUCCAGUUCAUGACCGAUCUCCUGUGGAAACGUGCAGUAUCCCGCGCACGGCCUCAGACACUGACAGUAGUUACUGUAUCCCUGCAGCAGGGAUGCCGCCAUCACGGAGUAACACCAUUUCCACUGUGGAUCUGAACAAAUUGAGAAAAGAUGCUAGUUCUCAAGACUGCUAUGAUAUUCCACGAACAUUUCCAAGUGAUAGAUCUAGUUCACUUGAAGGCUUCCAUAACCACUUUAAAACCAAAAAUGUGUUGACAGUGGGAAGUGUAUCAAGCGAAGAAUUGGAUGAAAAUUACGUCCCAAUGAAUCCCAACUCACCACCACGACAACAUUCCAGCAGUUUUACAGAACCAAUUCAGGAAGCAAAUUAUGUGCCAAUGACUCCAGGAACGUUUGAUUUUUCUUCAUUUGGAAUGCAAGUUCCUCCUCCUGCUCAUAUGGGCUUCAGGUCUAGCCCAAAGACCCCUCCCAGAAGGCCAGUUCCUGUUGCCGACUGUGAACCACCACCUGUGGAUAGGAACCUCAAGCCAGACAGAAAAGCCAAGCCAGCACCCUUAGAAAUAAAACCUUUACCAGAAUGGGAAGAAUUACAAGCACCAGUUAGGUCUCCCAUCACUAGGAGUUUUGCUCGAGACUCCUCCAGGUUUCCCCUGUCUCCCCGACCGGAUUCAGUGCAUAGCACAACCUCAAGCAGUGACUCACAUGACAGCGAAGAGAAUUACGUUCCCAUGAACCCAAACCUGUCCAGUGAAGACUCACAAAAGAGCAGUGGCUCAGGCAGCAGUGUAGCAGAUGAGAGAGUGGAUUAUGUUGUCGUUGACCAACAGAAGACCCUGGCUCUAAAGAGCACCCGGGAAGCCUGGACGGAUGGGAGGCAGUCCACAGAAUCAGAAACACCAACCAAGGGUGUGAAAUGAAAAUACUGCUUUGCCACUUAGGAACAAAAGAGAACUGAAUUGUAAAGAUAAAUCCUGUCUGAAGAUGACUUGAUGCUUCUACUCUAGGUAGAUCCUCAAAUGAGUAGAGUUGAAGUCAAAGGACCUUUCAGGCAUAAUCAAGCAAUUUAGACUUAAAUAUGGUGCUUUGUGGUAUCUGAACAAUUCAUAACAUGUAAAUAAUGUGGGAAAAUAGUAUUGUUUAGCUCCCAGAGAAACAUUUGUUCUAUAGUUAACACACUUGUAGUAUUACUGUAUUUAUGCACUUUUUCAUUUAAAACAUUGUUUUGGGUAUUCCCAGUGUACAUUAACA